CUUUUCUUUCUUCACUUGGCUACUCGGUCGUUUCCCUCCGCGCAGGAUAGAAGCAGCAGCAGAAAGAAAAUAGCUCUCCUUCAUCUCCGCUUUCUGAAAUCAUUUCCUCCACCAAGAAUUGUAGUACCAAGAUAAGAUCAGUCUGUCCCGGCAACGUCCCGCUCCCUUCUCUGGAAACAUCAGUCCGAUUUGGACGUCAUUGUCGUCCUGCAAUUGUAGCAACUGAUUGACCGGUGGCGAGGAAGAACGACACGGGCACCCCCACCAGAAGCAGCAAAAUGGAAACAGAUCAACCACCAACCACUACUGUCACAGCCGUCGACAGCCCGGCUGCCCUUCCUGUUGCAGAAGAAGCACCCACGGCAUCAUCUCCCAAUAAACCCAUAACCAAUGGAGCCUCGGAAGACGAGAAUAAAGAAAAAGGCGACAUUCUCAAAUUGGCAUUGAAUCACUUAGUGCAAGGGAAGAGACACCUUCUAGUGAAAGACAUCGCGUCCGCCAUCAUAUCCCUUGGCGAAUCUUGUCGGGGGUUGGCUGAAGCGAAUGGACCACUGUCGGCAGAUAACGCAGAGGCACAUUUCUACUACGGAAAAUCACUCUUGGAACAGUCUCGGCUAGAGUUGUCUGUUUUUGAUGGAGGUGUCCCAGCAGAGAAGGGAGAAGACAGUGAGGAAAGUAGUGGUGAUGAAGAUGAAGACGAUGAAGAAAAAGAGGAGGAGGGAGACGACGAGGAUAAGAAGGAUAAAUCUUCGGAAGAAGUUGAAGGAAAGAUGGAGACUGAUAAUGAAUCUGAUGAAGCGGAAGAGAAGCAAGAUUCUUCUUUGAUGAAGAGCAAAGAACAAGGUGAUGAUGCCAAAGUUGAAGAAGAUUUGAGUACUCCAAGCCCCAUUCCUACUUCUACGCCAACAACAUCCAAUGUCGUUCAAGAUGGCGAACAACCAUCCACUAGCAGUGGAAUUACUGCGGCCGAAACUAACGGCGCCGACAAAGAAGGAGAGGAAGAACUCAGCAACUUGGAAUUGGCAUGGGAAGUCUUAGAAAUUGCUAAACUUGGAUAUGACGCUCAGCUAAAAUUGGCUCUGGAUCAGCUUAAAACCCCGCUAGAUGUAGACGAAGAGAAAUCGAAAACCAAAACAAAGCUUCAUCUUCAAAAGCGAUUGUCGGAAACUCACUCGUUGCUUGGCGAAGUUGCAACAGAAUCAGAAAACUAUCCUCAAGCUGUUGAGGAUUUUAAAAUUGCUAUUAAAAUCUUGUUAGAAAUUGAAGGUGAAGAUAGCAGAGAGGUGGCACAGUAUUACUUUCAAAUGGGAUUGGCUCAUUCUUUUGCCAAAGAAUUUCAGGAGGCAAUUGAGAGUUUCAAGAAAUCCAAAUCUAUCAUUGAGCUUCGGAUCUCUAACCUCCAGUUCAAGAUUGAUAAUAAACAGACUGCUAAAGAUCUGGGACUCGAGCUUGAAGAUCCAAGCAAUACGGAAGAUGAAGAAAUUUCUGAGCUCCAAGCAUUGUUACCUGAAUUAGACGAGAAAGUCGCCGAUACGAUUGAUGCAGAACGAGAAAGCAAAGCCACGAUCGCAGAGGAAAUUCAAGAACGAGAAAUUGCUCUGAAAAACAGUCCGGUGAAAAAUCCAAACCCUCCUGCAGUGAAUGAUAUUUCUCAUUUGGUGAAAAAGAAGAAGAAAGCAGAAGAGCAGCCCAUUGAUGUACCCCCUGCCAAGCGAGUUUGCAGUGACUCGUCGUCUGAUUCCACCACCAUUGUUUCAACCUCCAAAACUGAACAAGUCACAUCUACCAAUGGUCAUGAGAAUGGAUCCUCUGUGAAAAAAUCUAUGGAGUUUUAAAAUAUGCAUCGAAUACGUGACGGACAAACAACAGUCGGUGAAUGGUGUGUCGAUUUGGAGUAUGUAUCUCUAGGCUAAUUUUACCUAAUAUAAUCUAAUUUAUUUAUAAGCUUAGUAUAUGUAUUUCCCACAACUUGAAUUAAAUGUGGAAUUCUUGUUCCAUGAUUUUCAGACGAAAGCGAAAGCAAUUGUUUGUUGUAAUUACUUUUUAAACUUUUGAAAACAUUUCCCUCAAAGAUUAAUUAAACGAAAACUUGAUUGUCUGUCGAGUAAGUUAGUGAUUUGAAUAAGCAUACGUAACGUGACAGGCUAACUUGCUAUUUAAAUUGAAAUAAAAAUUUGUAAUUCAAAUUUACAACGUUUUAUUGUAAUAAAUUUGAUUGAUUUCUUAAUAGCAUA